GGCGGGUCGCGGGGGGAACGGAGCCGCCGGCAGUGCGACCGAGCGGUACGCCGACACGCCGGUCGCCGAGGAGCUUCUCGCUGUGCCGACAUGGCGGCCGCCGUCACGGGGCUGCGCGCCUCCUACCACCGCCUGCUCGACCGCAUCGAGCUGAUGCUGCCGCCGCGGUUCCGGCCCUUCUACAACCACCCGGCCGGUCCCAAGACAGUCUUCUUCUGGGCACCUAUUAUGAAAUGGGGUUUGGUAUGCGCUGGAAUGGCUGAUAUGACCAGACCGGCAGAAAAGCUCAGCACAGCACAGUCUGCAGUGUUAAUGGCCACAGGCCUUAUUUGGUCAAGGUACUCUCUAGUUAUUAUUCCUAAAAACUGGAGCCUGUUUGCGGUGAACUUCUUCGUUGGCUGUGCUGGUGGCUCCCAGCUCUUCCGAAUAUGGAGGUACAAUCAGGAGCUGAAAGCAAAACAACAAGAGCAGCUACUGCAAAAAGAUGCCUAACUCCACAGGUCAAAUCCAGCAACGCACAAAACCCUUCCCCACUGAACCUAGCUUCACUAAUUUUAAUAUUUUUAUCCUCUUAGAAACUGAAAGAGGAAAUCUGAAAAUCUAGAGAACAUGUGUUUUCUAAGUGCAAAUAACAAAGUAUCUCCAGACGUUUAAAUAAAAUGCCGCCUUUUAAAUUUAA